CCGCGCAUCACCGCCACUGCCCAUGUGGCCUCGUACACCUGGCUGGCUCGGCCGGUGCCGUCCAUCGUGGUCCCCGGUGAACCGGCCCGGUGGACUCCCCUGCCAUCCCCCCAGCGAGUCCCCCCCGACCGGGGCGAAUACCUGCGAGACCCUAACGCCGCCCGAUCGCCCGCCCACCCGUGGGACGCCUCCUGCCACGCCGUCCACCGCCAGCAUCCCCACUUCGACCCGCACGGGGUGGAUGUCGCCGCCUGCUCCAGCGUCCUCGGACACCUGUCCCGGUUCGUGCGCGGCGUGGAGCGGGACUUUCGCUUCGUGAUGGACCGGGUCGGCCGCACCGUCUUCUUCAUCCGGCGCGAGAACAGCCCGACCGAGCUGAUCCCCGACGUCCGCGGCUACGGCCACAACUUCGUCGACGCCUACACCGCGUGGGGCCCGGGGCUGGCCGACUCGGCGUCGCACCAGCGACUGAUUCGAUACGACUUCGGGGGGCGACACUACCUGGUGCGCUUCGAGUCCGACGGCUUUAUCGCCGAGGAGCCGGCGGAGGACAGCCGGACAGUCGAAAGCGACACCAGCCUGGCCGAUGUAGCUGCCACGCUCAACAUCGGCCCAUCCGGACAGAUGCCGGCGACGACGGGCGACCUCCAUGUCGAAGACGGUGGUCGUCCCGUUGCCCACGGCGCGGUGAUGGACAUCAAGACACGUUCCAUGCUCGACUUCAAAACCCGCGAGAUCAAAAAGGAGAUCAACAUGACGGACCUCACCCCGCUCCUCUGGGUCUCCCAGAUCCCCACCCUCGCCGUCGCCUACCACCGCCAGGGGACGUUCGAGGACGUGCAGGUCCAAGACAUGCGGGACACACUCGCCCAGUGGGAGCGGGAUAACGAGACUUCCUUGAGAAAGCUGAUCUCGCUGAUCAAUGAACUGGUGAGUUACGUCCAGACCGCGACCACCAGCCUCGAGGUGUGCCGCCAGGGCAACGGGCCGCUGGAGGUGCGUCGCGUGGGAGGCGAUGGUCCUACAGCUCUGUCCCCGGCGUGUCAGGCCAUGUGG